AUGGCGUGAUGGACUUACAAUUGAAUGGCAACAAUAAAGAAGAAGAAAAUCAAGCAGGCAAAGGUUUUCCUACUUCAGAAAUAAAUGUGUUACUCGCACAAUAAAACAUGGUAAACGUGAUAAAAGGUGUGCUAGUGGAAUGUGAUCCUGCUAUGAAACAAUUUCUGCUGCAUCUGGAUGAGAAGUCGGCUUUGGGUCGAAAAUUCAUCAUACAAGAUCUGGACGAAAAUCAUCUUUUUAUUUCCACGGACAUUGUCGACGUUUUGCAGGCUCGUGUCGAUGAGUUAAUGGAUCGUAUCAGCUUUCCACUGCACGAUAAGGACGCUUAGGAUCGUAAAAAACGUUGUUUAACAUUU